CUUUCGUGAUCUUCACAUCAAAAGAGCACUUCGUUUCAGGGGGAGAAGGCAAUGCGAGAUUCUCAACCGUGUUUACAAUUUUCUUCUUCUUAUUAUUAAUAAUAACUUCUUCUAAUUGGUAACUUGGAAAGAAGAUGGCAUUAGAAAGUGACGCACAUGCAGCAUCUCGUAGAAAGGCGCUGAAAGUGGCAGUGGCAGCUUUGUGUUCAGAAGUCGGAUUUGGAAUGGCCGAAGAUUCUGCACUUGAGACUCUAACAGAGAUGCUUCAAGCCUACAUUACAGAAGUCGGUCAGAGCACAAGAUCAUAUAGCGAGCUUGCAGGGCGAACAGAAUCCAUGGUUAGCGAUGUUGUCAUGGCACUGGUUGAGAUGGGUCUGGAUAUCAGAGGUAUAUCAGCACAUGCCAAACGAGCAAAUAAAACUGUGUUCAUUCCACCCGCACCAAGCAGUCAAAUGCCAACUCUUCGAACCUUGCAAGUGGGAGAGAAGCGGUCUCAUCCUUCACACAUACCAGAUUAUCUCCCUCCGUUCCCAGACUCUCACACUUAUAUCAGGACAGAAGCCUUUAGACAACCAUUUAAUGAAUAUCAGUUGAUCAGAGAAAAAGCUGCAACCCAAAAGCGAGAUGUGGAGAGAGCAUUAACCAGAUUUAUUGCAAAGACAGGAGAGACACAGAGUCUCUUUAAAGAUGACAUCUCCACAUUUCCAUUGAUAGCAGUCAAGUCAUCACCUUUGCCCUACAUUGAUGCACUGCUUCCCAAAGACCAAGAUCUGGAUGCUCAGGAGGUGGACUUCUACCAUACAUCAUCUGUAGCCCCAGAAACAUACUCACAAGGGCAAAUUUCUAACAUGGACAGUGCUUCUACAGGCUCAGCCUUCCUUGGUGGAUCAACAACAAUCAGUGAUAUGUCCAUCAUGGAUAGUACACAGGGCCUGCAAUCACAAGAUUCACUUGAUGAUACCAUUGACAACCCGUACCUAAGAGCAGUUCGAGUGCCAAAGAAGACGAAGAGAUGAAGUUUUAAGCUGUAAUAGCUACAGCAGCUAUUUGAUAACUAUAACUUAGACAUUGAAAAGCAUGUGGCUGAAGUAGCACUUAUAAUGGAUAUAAACUGACUUGCCAUUGGACUUUUGAGAUCAACUGUAAAAUUUCUUGGAAAGUGAAAGAUAUUGAAUGAUCUGUGCUUCAUUCUUUGAGAGCAUAUUAUUCCAAGUGGCCAUUGUCAUAUAUCUGAUUUGGAAUGUGAUGUUCUUUUGUAGACAUGACUUUGCAGAAAGACAGUCUGCACAUAGACUGAUACUGUAAAUGGGUGUACUGUCCGAAUUCCACACAUAUGUUAGUCUGUUUUGUGAAAACAUGGUAAUAAGGAGUAACUAUCAACAUUUGUAAAAAUGAAAAACUAGGUGGAAUAAGAUUAUCACAAGGAAGGACUUUGAAAAUUUUGUUGUAAACUGUUGGUGGGUAAUACAGUCGAGCUUCAGUUCUGUAUGUAUAAUACUGUAGAGAGAUAAAAAUAUUUGAAGAAAUA